ACCAUGGCAAAGCAAAUUGACUGCUUUAGUCGCAAUAUGAAAUUCUGGGUCUUCCUAGGAGUAUCUCCGAACAAAAACCUACAUCGCUACUACUAUCAUUACUCUGUCGCUUUUAUUCUUGCUUUCGUUAUAAUGUACGAUUUUCUGGCCGUCAUCAACUUCUAUUUCAUACCCAGAAACAUAGAUCAAUUUAUAGGAGACAUGCUAUUCACUUUUACAGAGUUUUCUGUGAUGUCCAAAGUACUUACACUGUUCUUCUUAAAGGACAAAAUUGUUGAGACAUUUGAGACACUAGAAGGAGACGUUUUUCAGCCUGAUACAGAGAAAGGACAGCGAAUAGUGGAGGCAGCGAAAAAAUUUAAUAUUCGGUAUUGGAAAAUCGUAGCGAUCGUCUCCUUUACGUCCAACUUGACGCAUAUGUCUUCGCCUAUGCUGGCGCAUAUUUUUGCAUCAGCCAAAUUGGAGUUCCCGGUCUCUAGUUAUUCGUUUUUGUCUGAAAACCUCUUUGCGACGUUCCAAUACCCGAUAUACAUUUAUCAAUGUCUCGGCAUACAUUUUCAAGUGCUGUACAAUUUGAAUAUUGACACGUUCUUCUUGGGGCUUAUGAUUUUUGUGAUCGCACAGCUGGAGAUCUUAGAAGAAAAGCUUACGGAUACAGCUGUUGCUAUCGGAAGUACAACUGAUAAGAACACUCGGAACGAAGUUGAACAGAAAUCGAUAGCUAAUUUGAACAAAGCUAUUGAUCAUUAUCAAGCCGUAAGCGAAUUCUGCGCCUUAAUUCAAGAUAUAUUUGGUAAAAGUUUAUUUGUGCAGUUAACCAUGGCAUCCUGUAUUAUAUGCGUGUGUUUGUUUCGCUUUACUAUGCCGGCCCCAGCGAACUACCUCGUGUUCCUGGCCACGUACCUGUUCAUCAUGAUUAUCCAGAUCAUGAUACCCUGCUGGUUCGGCACCUGUAUUAUGGAGAAGAGCUGUCUCCUAUCCCGGGCUAUUUACAACUGUAAUUGGACAGACAGACGUCGACCGUUCAAGAGUAGUCUUCGUCUAUUCGUGGAGAGAGCCAACAGACCUCUGUCCAUCACAGGAUGGAAAAUGUUUCCGCUGUCGUUGAAUACUUUUACUUCGAUAAUGAAUUCCGCUUACUCGUUUUUCACGCUACUACGAAACGUACAAAACCAAUAA